AUGGAGCUGGAAACCCAAAGACUGGAGGAGUCGCGGGACCUCCUGGAAGAUGGGCCGAAACCGAUACCAGCACCUGCAUCGUGCCACAAGGUCAAAAAGUGGACUUUGGGCGUGGUGAGCGGGGCCGCCUUCCUGGUCCUUUGCAGGUAUGCUGGCAGUCUGAAUCUGUUUAGCACAUCGUCCGCGGCUUCAGUGGCUAUGUUGAGCGAGGAGAACGAGGAGAUAGUUGGAAAAUGUGCAGGCAGUAUCCCUGUGGAAGGAGCUGCCACGCCCAUCCAGGUAGUCAGUGCUGUCUGGAAUGUUCCAGGCGACGAGGCCGAACCAGUCAGGGCUCUUGGCAGCGCGAUUUCAGUGCCAUUGACGAGCCGGGCCUAUUUUGGCACCACGUGUUCUACGGCGGAGUACAAUCCCAAAGAAUAUUUUGCUCAGAACCUGUUGGGCAAGCAGCUGAUGUUUACAAUCGAUCUUUCCAGUGCUGGUUGUGGUUGCAACGCGGCUUUUUACCUAACAUCAAUGGCAUACGUGGAAAAGGAGACUGAUUGCAAGGACUACUACUGCGAUGCCAUGAGCGUCUGCGGCGUUCGCUGUCCGGAGAUUGACAUCAUGGAAGCCAACAAGCAUGCCUUCCGCUCGACGCUCCACGACGGGAUCUCGAACCAAGAGCUCCCCACGGGCGGCUUCGGCGGGGGAGGCAAAGGCUGGAUGGGACCGCGGGACUGGUCGAGCGAGCAGUAUGGUCCUGGGGCGCGGUGCAUCGACACCAACAACCCUUUCCAGGUCGCAGCCAGAUUCCCGGUGGACAUGUAUGGGAAGCUGGCAGGCAUGGAGGUUGUCUUACUGCAGCUCUCAGCUCAGAGAAACUGCGAGCUGCUAGUCGACAUCUCCGAGUACAAGGAUCCCAAGACAGGUGACGAUAUGCUUCACCUGUUGGGGAAGACUUUGGAGGCAGGAAUGACUCCCAUCGUUAGCUAUUGGAAAUCUCGGACAAUGACCUGGCUGGAUGGCCAUGGCCCUGACGAAGUUGGCAGCGGCUUGUGCGAGAAAUCGGAGGACGAAGAGCCUGAAUGCUCAGACAUUUUGGGCAGGCAGGAAGUCGAAUUUUCAUUCUUUUCGAUCACAGACCUGGUGGCAUAG